AGGGUAUUCCACUCUGUUUGGCAAAGUACUAUAAUAUGUUCUUUUCAUCGUUAAAAGCCACCAAAAAAAAUAUUUCGGCGAAAUAAACCCGCUUUCAUGCCAUAAAAAUACUUCAAAAUUUUGAAUAUAUUUAUUCCCGCGAAAACAGGCUUCUGCGCUGUCCGCCAUGUUUAUGACGUCAUUUCGGCAUGUAAACAAAACUUGACGUAGGUACACUCUCGACAUCGUAUUUUGUUUUUGAAAAACUCAGUUGAAAAACAAAAAAUGAAUAACACUCGUUAUCGGUGGUGUGCAGUGUCUAGUUGUAAAAAUACUAGCGUAAAAACCCCGGAAAAAUUGUUUAUCCAAGUGCCGAACGACCUUAAAAUGAGAAAUGUUUGGUUGGAAUUCGCUAAACGUGAUCCUAUGUCAUUAUCAACUAAAAGCCGAUUAUAUAUGUGCGAAGAUCAUUUCAAUUUGGAACAAGACAUGGAAAAUUUUAUGGAGUACAAGAUUAUGGGAUCCGUGAAACAUGUCAAAAUGAAAGGCAAUAUCACCCCGUCCCGAUUAUGUUAUCAUAGUGAGAGAAAGCGGAAGCUGUCACCAAGUCCGAGUCAGCCAACUGUUACAAAAAUACAAAAGGUGGAUUUUGUACAAGGAGCUGAAAAAAGCAUGUUGGUUGAAGACUACAUGGAACCAACAGCAUCAUCGUCUAAGUCAGAUGUACCAAUACUUCUUACUGAAAAAAAUAAUGAGGACAAAGAAACCCAAGUGCAAACACUGACCACUGACAAGUCAAUCCAGGUGCAAGUAUUAUCACAGGAAAGCAAAUCAAUACAAGCAAAUAUAGUGCCUCAUUACAGAAGUAAAGCUACCCAGUGCACAUUCAAAAUAAGAGACCAAUGUUUGUCACCCAUAAAGACUAGUGUGUCUAUUGCAACGUCACCUCAUAUCAAAGGAAGCCAAAUAAAUAUACCAAGUACAUCAGGAGUCACAACAUCUGCUAAACGCAAACUAUCAGUUAUAUUUGAAGAAAAGUCGGACAGUGAAAUAUCACUUGCUCCAUCACUUUCAAGUGAAUGGCCUACACCAACUAAAUGUAAGACAACGUCUGACAGUAGCUUACUAGAAGAAUUAAAGUUAGAAGACCAAAAGCUAUAUUACUACAACACUUUAUCUAAAAUUAAGAAAAACAGCAGGCUGUAUCUGGGUAUUCCUAAUGGGCUUUAUUUUUUGGUACAUAUAAUAAAGAAACAUACACAUAUAACAGAACAACACAUUUUGUUGUGCCUCAUGAAAAUUAGACUCAACAGAACAUUUUCGCAACUGGCCGAUGAUUUUGGGUUGUCAUUGUCACAAACAAGUCAAAUCUUUCUGAGUAAGUUACCAUUAAUAAGCAAAGCAUUGUCUCCUUUUAUAAAACCUUUCAGUCCUGUCUCAAUAAAACGGAACUUACCUAUAGCUUUCCGACAUCGAUUUCACAAAGUUACCUGUAUCAUUGAUUGUUUAGAAAUUCAAAUACAGAAACCAACAAUGGCAGUACGUCAAGCACUGACAUGGUCAGAAUAUAAAAAAGCUAAUACAAUUAAAUAUUUAGUUGCAUGUACACCUGAUGGACUGGUUAGAUUUGUUUCUUCUGGAUAUGGGGGUAGGAUAACGGAUGUUCAGCUAGUAGAGAACUGUACAUUUUUAGAUAGUUUGGAACCUGGCACUUGUAUUCUAGCAGAUAGAGGGUUCAAACACAUUGAAUUCUAUUUAAAACAAAGAAACUUUUCUUUGGUGAGGCCUCCAAGUGUCAGUAGUGGUUCCAAACUAACAAAAUCUGAAGUGAGGCUAACUAAACAAAUAGCUAGCCUUAGAAUUCACAUAGAGAGAGUGAUACGCAGAAUUCGAGAGUUUGCCAUAUUAAAACCCCAUUCAGUUGUUAACUCUAAUUUAAUUCCUAUUCUUGAUGAGUGUAUUGUAACAGCUUGUGCUCUGAUAAAUAUACAAGAUUCCCUAAUUAAAUAAUUGUAAUUACCUAUGUUUAGUUUAUAGUUUUCAUCUACAAAUAUUUUCCUUUAGUAUUUUCUUAAUCUUGUAGUCAUAAUUUUGGUUAAGACAAUGUUUGCUAAUGUUA